AAUGACGUAAAAUACAUAUUGUUCGAUUACUGAUAAAGUAAAUGUCAUAGUCAGCUGGAAUCAAUUUACCAAGGAUCGUAUAACAUUCCAUGAAGUCAACACCAGUGUUUCACUAGUCAGAUGAUCUGUAGAUCCAUUUCAACAUGGCAAGAGCUGCACCUAUGUUUUUCCUGUGUGGUCAGAGAUGGUCAUUAAAUGGUGUGUCCCUUGUGAUAGUAGUUCUAACUCUCCUCUGCAAUGAGUUCUUCAUCUAUAUGAUACAGAGUUUUAGAUGGCCAAGCCUGCCAGUAGCUUCUAGGGACCCGAGUAGAACACAGGUGAUACUGUUUGUGGCUGACCCACAGUUACAAGGCUUUCAGGAUGAACCAGGUUUCCCCAUAGGAUCAGUCACUAGAUGGGACAUAGACAGGUUCCUUAGUCAGACCUUUUCCUUGGCACAUGCAUAUGCCCAGCCAGACGUGGUCGUGUUUCUAGGCGAUCUGAUGGAUGAAGGCAGUAAAGCAAGCAAAGAAGAGUACAAAUCCUACUACUACAGGUUCCUCAGUGUGUUUCGUGCAGCUGAGAAAGACAAGAAAGUCUAUAUUGCUGGAGACAAUGACAUAGGAGGGGAGUUACGAGACAUGAGGAAAGAGUGGAAAAUGGAGAGAUUUGAGAAGCACUUUGAUCUGCUGACUGGAGUAGAUAAAUUUGGGUUUAUUGAUUAUAUAAAGAUGGAUGUCCAGACUCAGGGCAUGCCUUUUCUGCCUAAGAGAGAUUUAGCUGAUGAACUACAGAAGAAAAUCACAUCACCGAUUAGAAUCCUUGUUAGCCAUGAAACUGUCAUGCCUAAACGAAAGGAAGAACUCUAUCCACUUUUAAAAAGAUUGAGACCACAACUGAUUUUCUCAGGCCAUUGGCAUAAGUCUGUUGUGUUUGUCUGUGAGAAAUGUAUGGUUGAGGAUGAUUACACUUGGCCUGUUCAUCGCCGAGAACUUACAUGGAUGGAGGGCUAUAUGUCUGUUAACCUGACAAUCAAUCUUGAAGCACUCACAGAGGUUAUGGUGCCGACCUGUAGUUACCGUAUGGGUGAGACUGAUAUGGGAUACGGAGUAGCAGUUAUAGAAUCAAGUGGAGAAAUGAAGUAUGCUGUACUUUGGUUGCCACGACGAUACACGAUGCUAUAUGUUUAUUUAGGAGUUUUAAUACCUCUGUUUUAUGUUCAUGUUCAUUUCAAGUUUCUUCCAUAUAUUAUGAAAAAAUUUUAUAGACGAAAGACUUAGUUUCCUUUCAAUUAUGUUUAAUAUGCAUUCCAGCAUUAUGCAACUUUUAGCUCAGGAUUUGUGGUCCCAGUCUCAAAACGUUUUUCUUUGAGCAAUUAGAGUCAUGUGACUUCUUUCUGUUGUUGUUGAUGAUGGUGUUUAUACCAACAAACAUUUUUUAAAACUUGUUCCAUUGUGGCAUGCUGACAUCCAUCCCUCUGUAAACUUUCUCUUACAACAUUACCAGUCAAUAAUGGAUUACUGUAGUAGGAUAUAAUUCAUACAAAGGAUCCUAGACAUUGCUAUACUAGGACAGAAUACAGAUCCUGCAUGGGGGCAGGUGGCGCCUUGAUAUGGAAAAUAUCCUAUGCUUUCAAAUCAUUCCUGCAUAGAAAUAAUUUUUUAACCUUCUUUUCAUUCAUUGAGGAUUGAAACUCCAUGUUGUAUAGAUAUAUUCUCCAGCCUAAAAAGUCAAAAGAGAAAGAAGAGAACCAGAUUAUACACCCCUGUGUUCAAUAAUCAGGAAACAUUUUAUCUAUCAAGAAUUAUAUUAUACCAAAGAGAGUGCAAAAAUAUUCACUCAAACUAACUACUUACAAUUGAUUUUCAGACUUAGCUCUUCAUCAUCAUCAAAGAGGGACUUUCUCUCGCCUAUGAUAAAGGUAUAUCCAUACCAAGAUGUGUUAUUUGUCAGAUGUAAGAUAACCCAUCCCCUCCUCUCCCAGAUGUAAGAUAACCCAUCCCCUCCUCUCCCAGAUGUAAGAUAACCCAUCCCCUCCUCUCCCAGAUGUAAGAUAACCCAUCCCCUCCUCUCCCAGAUGUAAGAUAACCCAUCCCCUCCUCUCCCAGAUGUAAGAUAACCCAUCCCCUCCUCUCCCAGAUGUAAGAUAACCCAUCCCCUCCUCUCCCAGAUGUAAGAUAACCCAUCCCCUCCUCUCUCAGAUGGAGAACAAAGCCUGAUAUCUGUUAUGGACCAUGUAGAAGCAUAAUACAAUAUAGAUAGACAAGCAUUUUAUUAUUUUAUUGAUGUGAUACUUGUAUUUGUAGGAUGUUUAUGUAGAUUACGGGAUACUAUGAAUAACCUUGUCUAACAAGACAAUGUUAGCAACAUAGAUCAAACACAUUAAGAAGCAUUCCAUCCUUAAACCUAUUUUUUAUAUGACGUGUGUACACAAGAUUGUUUUAUAUCACUCUUCACACUUUGUUG